CGCAUCCCAUUCAAACACACACCCACACAUUGAGAAACACACGCGGCCAGCAAACACACAAUUUUCCGCUGGCCAAGGAAAAAAUGAAGACAGUCAGGGCGGCAUACUUUUGGCGGAUAUGUAUCUAAGCCCAGUCGAACCCACAUUUAUCUAGAUAUUUUGAACCUCUUGCCUGUUGCAGCCGAGGAAGGACAAGCAAACAAAGUGAUAAAGACAAAGUGUUCAUGAUAAAAUGCAAAAAAAAAUAUAUUCUUAAAUAUACAAAAAACCCUAAAGGUACUAAAUAAUUUAAAGAUCAACUGGAAAUCCGAGCAAUGUCACGGCACCAGCCCAAGAAACAAGGAUGUCCCGUCUAAGAUGCGCACAAUUAGCUUAAACUGACAGCAGGACAGCGGAUGGACUGUGGACAUGGAAAGGACGAAGACCUGCUGCAGGAACAACAGCUAGAAUUUACAAGCAAAAGGAUAAUCACAAACACCAAGCAGCGAACUACACAACCAAACAAAAGACACCAACCGACAUAACUGAAAUACCAAAACUACAGAAACCAUAAACGAAAUAUUUUAAAAACUUAAUGUAGCACAACAGAAGCCUUACAAAACAACAAACAAUUUGUGCUGUGCUUUAAUUAUAGUCAGAACUAAAAGAAAUCCCGACAAGAACAGCCCGAAAAAAAGAAAGAUCUAGAUAUCUAGAAAUCGUGUAAUUAUUAAAUACUAAAUAAUAAUAAUCAUUAUUCUUCCAUUUGAGAGUUUGAAAUGUGAACAUUUUUAAAUCCAUAUUUAAACUAUUAGAAAACUAUUAAUACUUAAAAUAUAUAUACAGAGCAAAUAACUUGUAAUCGUUCGAUAAACAAUUCAUUAGCGUUGUGAAAUUAAUUAAAAUCAAGGAGAAAACCCAAGAACCCGGUUAAAGAUCUAACUUUAAACCAAUUGUACGCAAUUAGUAGAUUUUAAACGUCAAGAUUUUAAUCCAAAUUUUAAAAAACGAGCUUCAAACAAACGCUAGGCCGCGCACACCGAACAUUAUCCUUAACCUUAACCACGGCUGCAGGAGUGGUGUGUUUAUACAAUCAAGUCGCCCACACGGCGUCGCCAAAAAACCUUUGGCUCAGCGCCAGAAAGUAGGCAGCACAAAAUUUAUACAAAUUCGGCGCCAGCAGGAGAAAUAGAAAGGAAUACAAAAUAUACAAAGAGAAUAAAAAAAGUGAAAGCAGCGCCAAGGACUCCGACGACCUUCGCGUGUGCAAGCGUCGUUGCACAAUAAAGGACGCCACUCACACACACACACACUAACACCUGGAAAUACCCACACUAGGACACCGAGACACACUCAGACACACCGGGCACACACACCGACACAGGACAAUUGCAUGGGCGGCCGCCAUGACCGGAAGUGAAGUACGGUCACGUCCACGUCCACUGGCUUUUGCAUAACAAUCAGCCCGCGAAGGAGCCGUGAAAAAAGGAGGAAAGGACGACGGGGAUCCGACGCGUCACAAGUCGGAGAAGGACAAUAGCAAGCACUUGCCCAGGAGCGCCACUUUCACCUGCUGCGGGCCGCAAAAAUGCAGGAAAUGAGCUACCUACAGGAUAAUUCCAAGCUGGAGGCCCUCACCAAGGCGGUGCUCAUCUCCAUACUGGGCGUGGCCAUAGUCCUGUCCAAUCUCCUCAUCAUCGCCACAUAUGCCAACUUCAAGGGCCCCACAGAGGUGAUUAACUACUACCUCCUAUCCCUGGCCAUAGCCGAUCUCCUGUGCGGACUGCUGGUUGUGCCCUUCUCCGUGUACCCCGCCCUCACCGGAGAAUGGAUGUACGGGGACAUAGUAUGCCGCUUUACGGGCUACCUGGAGGUGACCCUGUGGGCGGUUUCCGUGUACACCUUCAUGUGGAUCUCGGUGGAUCGGUAUCUGGCAGUGAGGAAGCCACUGCGCUACGAAACAGUCCAGACAAAGACGCGGUGCCAAUGCUGGAUGGUGUUCACCUGGAUAUCCGCCGCCCUGUUGUGCUGCCCACCCAUCCUGGGCUACUCGAAACCGAUCGAGAACAAUGUGACGCACAUCUGCAUGCUCGACUGGGGGAACAUGGCGGCAUAUAGCGCCACUUUGGCGAUUUUAGUGUUAGGUCCCAGCCUCAUUUCGAUCGUACACAACUACGGCUACAUCUUUGUUAUGAUGCGUAAGAUUAGGUCCGGCGAGCCAAUACACGAUAAAGAAUAUGCAACUGCUCUGGCUGAAAAUUUAUCGAACCCUAGUCAUAUGAUGUCAUUCGCAUUAGUCUUUGCAUUCUGGGUGUCCUGGCUGCCAUGGAUCUCGUUGCGUCUGUAUGAGGUGGUCACGGGCGACGUUAUACAAAGUACUCUUAUCAAUUUCGCCGUCGUCUGGAUCGGCAUAUUGAAUUCGUUUUGGAAAAUUCUAAUCAUGACCAGUAUGUCGCCUCAAUUCCGUAUCGCUUUGAGAGUAUUUUGCUUAACAAUUUGCUGUAAGACUAAGGGCCGUUUGCAAGCAGAGCUAAUCGGGUUGGACCCAGAUGACUAGAGUUAGAUUUAGAUUUUCACAAUCCCAAUAAAGCCCAAUAUAUCCUAUCCGAAAUCCGUAUGAUCCUCCAGCCUGCUAAAAUAUCCGAAAUCCUUAAACCUCAAUCCAAAAUUCAAAUUCCUGCAAGUAAAAAUUGGUUGUAAUCGCAUUGAACUCAAUCUCUCUCUCUAUUAACUAAACACUUACUUGCCUGUUGCCAUAUAGUUGCAUAUUUACGGCCCGUUUGGCACUACGCGGCAUGCCAAUGAAAAGCACCACCACAAAUACGUAUACAACCACCCAACCACCCAACCACCCAACCACCCAACCACCAUACAGCAACAUACAGCAACAACACAGCCACACAGACAAGUUGAAAGACAUAUUCAUAUUUCUAGAAUAUAAGACCGUAAGCUAAGCUAAGAGUUUUUAGCGUAUCCGAUUAUGAUUGAUUGAUUGAAUUGAAUUGAAUUGAAUUGAUUGACGAUUGAUUAUUAUUGUGUAUUUAUGAGCUUAUCACAUAUAUACUUGUACUUAAAUCUAGCUAUAUAGUUUAGCAGCGACAAUUCUAGACAAAAAAUAAAAAAGAUAAAAAUCCCGCAGCCUUCAGCUGCCAUUUCCGUUUCCGGUUUACAGUUCAAACUUGCUAGCAGAAAUCAUAAGCUACUCGGCUAAGUAACUCUUGAAGCAAAAUCUUGAUAGCAAGAACAUUAUCUAAAUAAUACUUAAGUAUAUACCUUUUUCAAAGUCCAUAUUAAGUAGCAUUUAGAAUUUUACAAGAAUUGUGUAGAGUCGAUUAAACAAAAAAAAAACAGUUUGCCAAAACUGGACGAUAAUGGGGCGUCGGGGGAAGACGGAUCUUCAGAUCUUCGACUAAAGAGACCCAGUCCCAAAAGUUCGAGUAUAUAAAACUUGUGUAACUCUGCUAAAUCAAACCCAAAAACCAAACAUUUCCAGUAGUUCUUAGCCAUAACUGAAUAAAGUAAUGAAUAGAAAGUAAACUCAAUUGUGGGAAGUAAGUGAGAUCACGUAAUCUAGGCUAGUGUAAAGUUUCGAUCGUGGCUAAGUCGGCGGAUGCCCCUGAAGGCUCCGACCUGGCCGGGUGCCCAACAGACUGUUGCAAUUUUGCCUAGUUCCCUUAGUGGGUUAAAUUCAGUUUCCCAGGCCCGGCCAUUCGGAGGAUCCAGUGGGUAUCCAUCCAUUUGUGUGUUUGUUGUUAUAUAUCGUUGAUCUCAUCACAUAUUAUCCGCAAACAUGCCAAAUGCGAACGAUAACGAAACAUUGUGUAUAUUUUGUUGUUGUACAUUUCAUUGACGAUCUUUUGUACAUUUAGUUUUUAAUUAACUUACACACCAAAGCAAGUGUUAUCGAUUUUUAAGCGUAAGAAAAUUGUUAGCAGACAGAUCGGUCGUUCGGCGAAAAAUAUAAACGAAGAAAAUAAAUGCAGUAAAUAAAUGAAAAAAUUA